AUGGGCCAGAUGCUGUCUCAGGAUGCGAUACGCUGUGACGUCGCGUCCACUCCGCCAUCCCAGACCUUGUACACCAGACACGGGGCCGUCCGCGAGCUCUUGUCAGGCAUCGUUGACUAUGCAGGCAGCGAUUGCAGCACCACGGUUCGUCCCUAUCGGCGGGAUCAGGUUUCUCUUCCAGAUCCCGGGGGGCCCUCGGCGGAUUUGCUGUGUACCCUCCCGGAGCCUGACCAGGAUUUGCUGAAGUCAUGGGAUACUCAUAUGCUUGCUGACCCUGCCGAUGUGGGGUUCUAUCGAGAGUCGGGACAUCAGUUUAGGUUGUACUUCGACGAGAUUUUUAAAGCGCAGCGAGGUGUCUACGUUGAGUUUUUGAAAGACCUUAGCGACGCCAAGAUGAUUGGUUGGACAGAGAAGCCUCUGAGCCUGGUGACCCCGUUCUUCGUAGUAAAGAAGCACGACAGGUUACGACUCAUCAUGGAUUGCAGAAACACGAACCUCCUCUUCCGAGCACCCCCUGCCCCUGAGAUGGGCACGGCUACAGCUUGGGGCAACCUGGAGCGUCCCGAGGCUCGUCCUGGAGCCGAGGCCGGCGGAGCUGACGCCAGCGGAAGUGGCGGAAGCAAACUCUGGGUCGCCCAGGCGGACGUGAAGGAUUGUUUCCACUGUGUUCGCAAUCUUCCAGAGCUGUGCCCGUACUUCUGCAUGCCGCCGAUCACGGAGGGAGAGAGAGCCGACGCUGGUAUUGGUGGCCCAAGUGGCCUUGGGGAUCUGGCACGUGAGGUUUCGGUUUACCCAAUGCUGCUGACUCUUCCAAUGGGGUUCUCCUGGGCCUUCUAUUUCGUCCAGCGCCUCGUGGAACACCAGUGCAGAGUUUCCUUGGCUGGGGCUGGCUUGGCUUUCAAAUUCCUGAGGGACCAGGCCCCUGCUCCGGAUCUUGGGACCCAGUUGGCCGUUCUACCCUACUGCGACAACAUCAAUGUUGCGGGCAUCAGGAGGGAGGAGGUGAAGGAGGCUAAGGAUGUGAUUGUUCGGAGGCUUCGAUUCGUGCAGUUCACUGUCCAUGAGGAGACCGAGCCCGAGACCCUGUCGUAUUCGCUGGGUCGCGUCAUCGAUGGGGAGUCCUGGGUGGUUCGCAAUCGGUCUGAACGAGGGGAACGUCUUCGCAAGGUCUGUGAGGCUCUUGAGGGGGGUCAACCAGUGACGGGUAGGCAGAUGAAGCAGUACCUUGGCCACGUGGUCGAUUUCUUUCUGAUUAGACGGGAGGUCCUCUCGGUGCUCAGAGCCUGCUACGAUUUUGCGCAGGCGGCAGAGAAGAAGCCCCAGAGUUUGUGGCCUUCUGCACGGCGCGAAGUUCGCUGGAUACGUUCUCUCACUUUCAUUGGGCUCGCUCGGCUGGACAGGCCUUGGCACGAUACAGUUGUGUCGACUGAUGCGUGCGAGUCUGGUGCAGGGAUUGCUGCACGCCGAGCAGACCCCUCAGAGGUGGCGUCCAUAGGCCGAUGCAAGAAGACGGCCCUGGUGCGCCACGGGGAAGGCGUGACCUCACGACUCCAGCGGCACCACCGGGGUUCCACCCCAGCGAGGCCUGUGAGCUCGAAGCCGCUGCGCCUUCAGCGUCAAGGAGCUGUGGAGCGCAUCUCGGGACCCUCGAGAGAGAGCCGUCGGGAGAAGCGCCAGAGCAUCUUCGGGGCCUUCGAGCAUCUCGCCUUGUCGGGCCAGCAUUCCAUUCUCGAACGUCACUCGAUUACGGCACCCACGGAGGACCUGUACACAGCCUGGUGGGAGGAGCUCCAGGAUUUUGUGGAUAUGAACGGCUACACCUUGGACAGCGUGAGGAAUGCCGACAUUGCGCUGGUGGACUUCGCGGACUACUUGUUUCUCGAGGGGUUCGAGCGGCCCGACCUCAUGAAGAUGUACGCCGCGGCCGCCUGGCACCUGGCUGGCCUGUCCCCCAUCGGGAAGCUGCGUUUUCCGCGGUUCUCCCGCGCAGCCCGGGGGCUGGGUCUGCUGGCGCCGGCGCAGACCGUGCCGCCCGUCCCUUUCGAGGUGGUGUGCUGGAUCGCCUGGCACAGAUACCUCCGCCUCCAGGACUGGACCAUCCCACUCUGCCUGCUGACCAUGUUCGUCUGCUACUUCAGGCCCGUGGACGUCCACAGCCUGAGGGAGGAGGACCUGGUGCCGCCGGGAGGCUCGAGCAGCCACUGGGUGCUCAACGUGCACCCUGCCCGCCGCGGAGAGACGUCAAAGGUGGGGGUGUCCGACGAGGCGCUGCUCCUCGACUCCCCCUACCUCCCAGGUCUGGGCCCCGCGCUGCAUCGCCGACGUCGCGGCCAACGGCUGGCCAAGCUGUUCGAGGUCAGCGAAAGAGAGCUCAGCCUUCAGUGGGGCCGCUCGCAAGAGCAGCUCGGGCUGCUUCCAUCCCAGCGGUAUCGCCUGUACCAGAUCCGCCACGCGGGGCCGUCCCACGACAUCCUCAUGGGGGUCCGCACGCUCCUCGACGUCAAGCGCCGGGGGAGGUGGAGCUCGGACGCGACCGUCAAGCGGUACGAGGCGGCGGGGGUGGUGCAGCAGGAGUGGGCCAAGCUGUCGGCGGCACAACAGGCCGCCGCGUCUCGCGCGGCGGAGUGGAUACAGUCUCAGGAGCUGUACUGCGGCACGCACGGGAUCCUCGACAGCGCGGGCCGCCAGGGCAUCGGCGGCGUCGGCUGGGACACGGAAAUCAGUUCAAAGGCCGACCUCUCGAGUGCGGCCGUCAUCAGGAGCAUCGCCCGCGACUUCAAAGCGGGCGAGAACUGCUUCGGGCUGAGUGGGACGUUCGCAGCUCUCUGGGUUGGUAUCGUUUGCUCGACCUGGCUGCUGGUAUGGCACUGCCCUGCGAUGAAGGCGCUGGGCAAACGUUGUACAGGCACCAGAAGUGUUUGCGCCUUUUCUCAGCAGCCUCAUGCGACUCUGACCGGCAAG